CCGUUUCCGCUUGCGCAAAUGAGCUGACUGUAUGGAUCGUGCUUUCAGGAGAGAGCUGUUAGUGACACGUGCAGUUGUUUGUGCUAUUAUCAAUUGUUUAACCCGAGAUAAGGAGAUCAGAUUGAAUUGAAGUGAUCCAGAAGAACCCUUAACCAAGAAGAAGAAAUCACAGAGAAAAAUGUCGCUCGGUCAACAGUCAUCUGCAUAUGCUGUUGGUGAGGUAUCCGGCAGUUUAAUCCAGCAGAACUCUAAAUCAUCUGAGUCAUUGUCAGAAUUAUUCAGGACUGCAUUACCAACUCCAUCUCCUCUGUUUCAGCCUGUUCCCAAGCUUGUUCAGAAGAGCACAGAAAGAGAUGAGCAGCACAAAAGCAGUUUAGAAGUGUAUGUGGAUGUCAAGCAGAAGAAGAAAAUGCACCUCAAGAAGACAUCGGUAGCUGAGCAGGAACUGCUGACCAGGGAGAGCAGUUUAUUAAAGGCAGACAAAGAUGAAUACAGGCCUGAGAGGUCACUGAAGAAAAGGAGAACAUCAGAAACGAGCAGAGAAAACGAUACAGAACACUGGGUGAUGAAACGACAGAGACUGAAGGCCAACAGGCAAGAGGAAGCCUUAAAGUUGAAAAGGACAGUGUUUGUUGGCAACCUCCCAAUAAGCUGUACAAUGAAGACACUGCGAGGACUUUUUAGAGAUAAAGGGUCCAUUGAGUCUGUUCGAUUUCGCUCUAUGGUCAGAGAAGAUCCCUCCAUGUCUCGCAAAGAAGCAACUAUUAAACGCAAAGUUCAUCCCAAGAGGCAAAGUGUAAAUGCUUAUGUGGUGUUUAAAAAUGAAGAGGGAGUUGCCAACGCUCUGGAGAGGAAUGGCAUGGAAAUUGACAAAGGUUUUAUUAUCAGAGUGGACAGAGUGACUGACUAUUCACAUGAUCACAAACGCUCCAUUUUUGUCGGGAAUCUGCCAUUUGAUAUCAAGGAGUUGGCAUUUCGAAGGCAUUUUGAGAAGUGUGGAAAAGUAGAGGCAGUGCGACUAGUGCGAGACCCAAACUCUGGACUCGGAAAAGGAUUUGGCUACAUCCUAUUUGAGAGUGCUGACUCGGUAGAGAUGGCGCUAGCACUGGAUGGCUCAAAGCUGGAAAGUAGAUCAAUUCGUGUGAAGAGAUCGCUGAAGCUGAAGAAAAAAAACAGCAAAGAAAUUCCGUGGAACUCCAGUCAGAAUGUGUGGCAACUUUCAAGAGGGGUAGAGAAACCUGGUAAAGCAAAUCACAAGUCAGGACCAAGCAAGUUCUCCCUCUUUAAAGGAGAGAUGGCAGAUCCAAGCAAAAAAACAAAGAAAGCUCUUAAAAAAAGAGAAGAAAGAUGCAUCUAGUAUCUACAAGAUGAAUUAAUAGGAUGUUAUGUUAUAUUACAUAAUAAAAUAUUAUGUUCGGUAAAAAUGUGAUAUAUAUAUAUAUAUUUCAUUUUUUUUUGUUUUUUUUGAAAGGGCAUCAGUUUAAAUGUCGGGUGUGCUUGAAUAAAAACAUUUUGGUCAAUUGUA